UAGUUACAUCUGCUGUCCAGUUGGUGGCAGAAUAUCCUCUGUGGUUUGUUUCCAACCCUCCAUUAAACAGAAGAAGAAGAAGAAGAAAGGCGAACGUCAACGCAGUCAUGCAGCGGGAGAAAGCUAGCAGCGCUGGCGCGGCUGAAAAGCCGGACCGCGAGGCCGCCAUAAUGUCCAAAUAUUACGACGGAGUGGAGUUUCCUUUCUGCGACGAGUUCUCCAAGUACGAGAAACUGGCCAAGAUAGGACAGGGAACCUUCGGGGAGGUGUUCAAAGCCAAGCACCGGCAGACGCAGAAGAAGGUUGCUCUGAAGAAAGUCCUGAUGGAAAAUGAAAAGGAAGGGUUCCCCAUCACAGCUCUGAGGGAGAUCAAGAUCCUGCAGCUGCUGAAACACGAGAACGUGGUGAACCUGAUUGAGAUCUGCAGAACCAAAGCGACCCAGUUCAACCGGUACAAAGGCAGCAUCUACCUGGUGUUCGACUUCUGCGAGCACGACCUGGCCGGGCUGCUGAGCAACGCUAAUGUGAAAUUCACGCUGGCAGAGAUCAAGAAGGUGAUGCAGAUGCUGCUGAACGGGCUGUACUACAUCCACAGGAACAAGAUUCUGCACCGAGACAUGAAGGCCGCCAACGUGCUCAUCACCAGAGACGGCGUCCUGAAGCUGGCGGACUUUGGCUUGGCUCGGGCCUUCAGCCUGGCUAAGAACAGUCAGGGGAACCGCUACACCAACCGGGUCGUCACGCUCUGGUACCGACCUCCGGAGCUGCUGCUGGGUGAGCGGGACUACGGACCCCCCAUAGACCUGUGGGGAGCGGGUUGCAUCAUGGCGGAGAUGUGGACCAGGAGUCCCAUCAUGCAGGGGAACACCGAGCAGCACCAGCUGACUCUCAUCAGCCAGCUGUGCGGCUCCAUCACAGCUGAGGUCUGGCCCACUGUGGACAAGAAGUAUGAGCUGUACCAGAAGAUGGAGCUGCCCAAAGGCCAGAAGAGGAAGGUGAAGGACCGCCUGAAGGCCUACGUUAAAGACGCGUGUGCUCUGGACCUCAUCGACAAACUCCUGGUUCUGGACCCAUCGCAGCGUAUCGACAGCGACGACGCGCUCAACCAUGACUUCUUCUGGUGUGACCCGAUGCCAUCGGACCUGAAGAACAUGCUGUCCACUCACAACACCUCCAUGUUUGAGUAUCUGGCUCCGCCCAGACGGAGAGGCCAUAUGCCCCAGCAGCAGCCCAACCAGAACCGGAACCCGGCCACCACCAGCCAGACUGAGUUCGACCGAGUGUUCUAGUGCGGUACCGGCAAAUGGGCCAACAGAACUUUUGUUUCCCCGGCGGGGAGAACGUUCCCGUUUCCUGCUUUAGGCGUCCCGCUGGGCUCGCUGCUCGGUCUCGUUUGAGUGAUAACCGUUCUGGUUCUACAAGAACAGCUUACUCUGACUGCACGUGGUUCUGACCCAAACUUUAGUUUUAAGUUUUUUUGUGUUUGAAUCAAAAACACAAAUAAAAACCUUUUUUCUUCUUUGAAUGAAUCACGUGUUCCAGGACUAAAUGGAGCCGGGACCUGCAGCAGGUUGGUGUCUUCGUCUCCAUGGCAACAGAUGUUCUAGUACCUUGAGUGGAGCAGCACUUCUCUAUUGAUGAGAUAAAACGGACUGGUCUGCUGGUUCCUCAGACUGCAGCGGACUCGUCUGACCACCAGGUGUCAGCACCUGCCCUGAACAUGGAGUCAGGAUCACACACCCCGAGUCAUUAACCUUUUUUACUGAAAUCAGGCAACAUUUUAGUUGUCUGGUAGAAAUAGUCUAAUUAUAUAAAUAUGAGAGAUCUGUUCGACAUCUAAACUUUGCUUUUACACAUUUUCUUUUUUGUUGUUUUUUGUUUUACUUGCAUUUUACAUUUUUAAAAUCUGUUAAGUGUUUCUGUUUGAAUUUCGUGUAUUUUAUGUUUAUUCACAUUUUUAUUGUAGAGCCUGUGAAACUGAUUUCCCCUGAAACAUUCUGAUAAUAAAGAAGACACUUCGGUUAUAA